AACCAAAAUAAAAGUAAAACAUUGUCAUUGUGAAAUUGAAGCAGAUUGAUAUGAAUUUCUAGCAAAAUAUGCUCACUAAAUAGUAAUUAUGUUCUAUUUCACUAUGAAAAAAAACUAUCCAAGGAAUAUGUACCAGCAAAAGAGCUUUAUAACAAAGGAAUACGAAAAUUACUUCUAGAAUUCUCAGUUUUCAGCUGUGCACACCUGUGUCCAAAUCUGAUGCAUGCGACUGAUCCCAGACACAAAACGCUAGUAAAAAUUCCGGUAGGCACGAACAUGACGUCACAGAUGAUAUCACCACGAGGGCAUGCGCGGCCAAAUCUCAGAGAAAAUGAAGAAACGAUGGAGUGUAGCCUUUGCCUUAAAAAUUUUACAACACCAAAGCUUUUACCGUGCUUCCACACGUUUUGCCUUCGCUGUCUUCAAGAAUAUGUCGAAAGAAACGCGCACAACCAAAAGUUUGCGUGUCCUCUUUGUGCAUUCGAGUGCGUUAUUCCCCCAGGAGGAGGAGUUGACGAAUUGCAGACGAACUUUUACAUCAAAGCCGCGCAGACGAAACUAAAAAUAGCCGCAAAUAGUCCGUGUGAGAUUUGCAAUGACGGUUCCCGGGCAGAGAGGUGUUGCAUCGAAUGUGAGCAGAACCUGUGCGCAAACUGCAGCCGGAGCCAUCUCAAGAUGAAGUCGUCACGUGACCACCACCUGGUGUCCUUGACCGAGAAAAAGAACGCAGGGGAAGGUCAGGUCACGAGCAAAACGUUCUGCGAGAAACAUAAAGGCGACGAGCUGGGCUUCUAUUGCCGGAAGUGCGCUAUUCCGAUCUGCCUUCGCUGCAAGGUGACGGUGCACGAGCAGCACACGACGGAGGACCUGUCGGAUGUUGCGUCCGAGAUCCGCGUGCUACUGACGGACAUGCUGAAGUGCGCCCAGGGGGUGCUGCCCAAGUUCCACGGGCACCUCAACGACAUCACCUACUACAACGACCAUCUGGAGAAGGAACGCGAGAAGCUGAAGGAGGAGAUUGUUGAACAGACGAAGAGGCUACACGCCACCGUGGACGAGCUGUCCCGGAAGAUGGUUGCUGACGUGGAGGACGAGUACUGUGUGGAGAUGGCGCGACUGUCCACCCGCCGUAACAUGAUUAGCGACCGCACCACAUCAUUCUCUACACAGCUACACUCCGCCAACCAGGUGGUCUGCUACGGUUCGGAUGCAGACAUCGCCUGGAAUCGUGACAGCCUGGCGGAACAGCUCCAGAAGAUGGCCAGUCUGAUCACCCCCGCCGACAUGAUCCACCUCAAGAUGGACUUCAUCCCCAGCAGUGACGUCACUUCCGCGGGGGUCGGUGACCUCAUCGGCGCGUUGAAGAAGAUACGAGACCCGACGGAGAAUCUUAAGAUAGAAGAGUUUUCGUCAUUCUCAGUUGACAACAGUUUCAAAGCUAUAAACAGCGUCUGUCCUGUUGACGACGGUACCGCUUGGAUCGCGUUGGGCUGGACCGCAGACGCGCACCUGUUCUACCGACACGGAGUAAAAAUCAAGACACAUGUGGUCUCAAAGACGAUCGACUUCAUCGCUCGAGAUUCCGAGUCGCUUAUUAUGUCAAGCAACGAGCAGAAGUCCGUUGGGAAGCCAGGUCCUGGUUUUAACUUGGACGAUUUUGCGACGUUCCCCGGUUACAACCCACGUGGCAUUGCAGUGACGCCAGAUGGCGAUGUUCUGAUUUGUCUCGCACAGUCGGCUGCAUUCCAGGAUUACCGACCUAACCACAAGAACAAGGUCGUCCGUUUGAAUUCGGCGGGGAAAAUGAUCAACGAGUAUGGUGCCGACGGGAAACUGUACAUGUACCCACUACGCGUUGCCGUCAAUGUCAAUGGCGACAUUUGUGUGACCGAUUGUCGUAAACUGAGUGUAAUCAUCGUAAAGCGUUCUGGGGAAUUUAAGACGGAGUACUCCGGACAAAACGACAAAGAUGGCAAAGCCAAUUUUGAGCCCCGCGGCAUCGCCUGUGACGCAAGGGGCCAUAUUUUUGUAGCAGACGGGGCAACGCACGCUAUCCAUAUGCUGGAUCACACGGGGAAGUUCAUGCGUCACGUGGUCACAGAGGAUCAGGGGCUGUUUGGUCCCUAUUCAGUAGCUGUCGACAGGGAGGAUUAUCUUUGGAUUGGCUGCAGAGAUGCUGAUACCAAAGUGUUCAAACUUAAUUGGACAUAAGCAAAUUUAAAUUGCAUUAAAUCACAUGCCAAUGCAAAUAUGUUGUUUGUCUAGUUUUUCAUUGACGUGAGCCUUUUAAUAGUAAUCAAUGUUUUUAUGUUUACGACAAACACAGUUUCAAAACAAAUCCGUAAAAAAGGGCUACAUGUAUAUAAAAUCGCUUACGUUUAACUAAUGAGUGUUGACAAAUUGCUAUAAACACUCACACACUUUUCAAAAAAAGAGUGAACUGACGUUUGAGUAAUUGCGUGAUAUUAAUAUUUUUGCUUGUUUUGUGGUGACGGUUAAAAAGGUGUUUGAGAUGUAAAAAUAAACAUAGAUUAUACAUA